GCCAUAAUUUCAAUUAACUUUCCGUAUAUAAGACGUAAUUCUUUAUUUCAAAUUUAUUCCUUUUAAUAAGAGCUCGAAAUGGCCUUACGAACUGCACUUUUUUGCUUUUCUGCGCUCUUAGUACAAAAAGUACACAGUCAGUGCUUAGGUCGUGGAGCAGCCGGGCCGUAUCCCCCUUACGGCCCCGGCUGGGGGGCUUAUGAUGCCGUAGGAUACGACGGGUACGCUCCGGGAGGAUUCAUAGGACUUGCCCCCGGAAACCUGGCGGCGUCCUGUGGCGGAGGUCUCGCUGUAACCAGUACAUCACCAAUAACUCCCACCGGUCUCACGGUGAAUUCGGAAAACUCCAUCGAAGGCACCGUCACGAUAGUCGGUCAGCUACCGUUCUUGGGUGCCGUUGCUACUGAUGGAGUAUUCUCGUCUGCUGGCGGCGGGACGGUCGUGUACGGAUGCGGUGAUGGUGCGAUCGGCAUUACCAACGAAAUGCCUAUAUCGGCGCCUACUGUGGGUCCAGGCUAUGGCCCAGUCGGCAGACCUUACCCUGGUUUCAAAGGAAUAGGGCCUUGUUAAGCAUUGUUAUAAUUGUUAUUAUGAUAAGUAUAUAAAUAUGAUUAUAAUUAA